UACUGCAGGUCACAGAGACACGCACUGGGCCUCUGGGCUGUAACAGCUAUGACAAUCUGGACUCUGUGAGUUCCGUCCUUCUGCAAAGCACGGAGAGCAAACUGCACCUUCAAGGUCUUCAGAUAAUCUUUCCUCAGUAUCUGCAAGAGAAGUUUGUCCAGUCGGCCUUGAGCUAUAUCAUGUGCAAUGGGGAGGGGGAAUACCUGUGCCAGAACAGCCAGUGUCGAUGCCAAUGUGCCGAAGAGUUUCCACAGUGCAACUGCCCCAUCACGGACAUCCAGAUCAUGGAGUACACGCUGGCCAACAUGGCCAAGUCUUGGGCUGAAGGUUAUAAGGACCUGGAGAAUUCAGAUGAGUUUAAAUCAUUUAUGAAGCGCCUCCCCAGCAACCACUUCCUGACCAUCGGGAGCAUCCAUCAGCACUGGGGCAAUGACUGGGACCUGCAGAACCGCUACAAGCUCCUGCAGAGUGCCACAGAGGCACAGAGACAAAAGAUCCAACGCACUGCCCGCAAGCUUUUCGGCCUCAGUGUACGCUGUCGCCACAAUCCCAACCACCAGCUGCCUAGAGAGAGGACAAUUCAGCAGUGGCUUGCAAGGGUCCAGUCGCUCCUCUACUGUAAUGAGAAUGGGUUUUGGGGAACCUUCCUGGAGAGCCAGCGGAGCUGCGUGUGCCACGGCAGCACCACGCUGUGCCAGCGCCCCAUCCCCUGCGUGAUAGGCGGGAACAACAGCUGCGCCAUGUGCAGCCUGGCCAACAUCUCCCUCUGUGGCUCCUGCAACAAGGGCUACAAGCUGUACCGAGGCCGCUGCGAACCACAGAACGUGGACUCGGAGCGCAGCGAGCAGUUCAUCAGCUUUGAGACCGACCUGGACUUCCAGGACCUGGAGCUGAAGUACCUGCUGCAGAAGAUGGACUCGCGCCUCUACGUCCACACCACCUUCAUCAGCAACGAGAUCCGCCUCGACACCUUCUUUGACCCUCGGUGGCGCAAGCGCAUGUCCCUCACUCUCAAGAGCAACAAGAACCGCAUGGACUUCAUCCACAUGGUGAUCGGCAUGUCCAUGCGCAUCUGCCAGAUGCGCAACAGCAGCCUGGACCCCAUGUUCUUUGUCUAUGUCAACCCUUUUAGCGGGAGCCAUUCAGAGGGCUGGAACAUGCCCUUCGGGGAAUUUGGCUACCCACGCUGGGAGAAGAUCCGUCUCCAAAACAGCCAGUGCUACAACUGGACUCUUUUGCUGGGCAAUCGGUGGAAAACAUUUUUCGAGACGGUCCACAUCUACCUACGUAGUCGGACUCGGCUACCUACCCUACUGCGAAAUGAGACUGGCCAGGGCCCCGUGGACCUGUCCGAUCCCUCCAAGAGGCAGUUCUACAUCAAGAUCUCGGAUGUGCAGGUGUUCGGGUAUAGCCUGAGGUUCAACGCGGACCUCCUGCGCAGCGCGGUGCAGCAGGUCAACCAGUCCUACACACAGGGAGGCCAGUUCUAUUCCUCUUCGUCGGUGAUGCUCCUCUUGUUGGAUAUUCGGGACCGAAUUAAUCGCCUGGCCCCUCCUGUGGCCCCGGGGAAACCCCAGCUGGACUUGUUCUCCUGUAUGCUGAAACACCGCCUGAAACUGACCAACAGUGAGAUCAUCAGGGUGAACCACGCCUUGGACCUGUACAACACGGAGAUCCUCAAACAGUCGGACCAGAUGACAGCCAAACUCUGCUAACCCGGGACUCCUUGCCAUCGACUUUCCCUGUUGUUGUGCACACACAACAGAACAAAAUGAAGCAAAACAAAACAAAACAAAAAAACCCACAAAAAUUUGUAAAAUGUAAUUAAUAUUCAAAGAAAAGGAGAAAAAUCUUCAUUUGUUGGAAAUGAAAACGUUCUAGCAACUGUAUAAAACCGUUGGGCAUGUUUGUUAUUUCUAUACUCUGUCAUGAAGAAGGGUCUCAGCCUUUUUUGGAGCAUUGAGGGAGUUGCUUCUUAGGCCUCAGGUGCUGUAUUGAGGGGGGAGAAAGGAGAAAGCAUAUGCAAUGAAUUGUAAAGAUCUCUGCUGUGCAGGUGCUAAGAUUAAACACUAAAAAGAAAGAGAGAUAUAUGUAAUGUACAACUGACACUGCCAUUUUUCCUUUUUGGAGGAAAUGGACAUAGAUAAAGAAGAUAUUUCUUCGGUUAAGA